AUGCUGGGUUCGAUGUCUUCUUCCGGAGACAUAUCGCUGGCCCUUAGGUCGGAGCUAUUCAACUCCAGAGCUACCCUUUCAGCCGCUUCGACGAGGCUGAACACUGCCAGAAGCAGAUGUGAUACUAACAGAAGAGGGUUUGCGAUGAAAGGAAUUGUGGCUCCUGGGGUUUCAGCAAAUGGGUCAGCUUCCUUGGCUACUGAGCUCGAGAAAGGAGUUGAGAGAUUGCCGUUCAAGCCAGAAGGCUAUAAUUAUUGGUCAUGGAGAGGUCACAAGAUACAUUAUGUAGUUGAAGGAGAAGGUCUUCCUAUUGUUCUAGUUCAUGGCUUUGGCGCUUCUGCUUUCCAUUGGAGAUAUAACAUACCCGAGUUGGCCAAAAAGUACAAGGUUUAUGCUGUGGAUUUGCUAGGUUUCGGAUGGAGCGACAAAGCACUUGUUGACUAUGACGCUAUGCUAUGGAGGGAUCAAAUAGUGGAUUUUAUGAAGCAGAUAGUGAAAGAGCCGGCAGUUUUAGUCGGGAACAGCCUUGGCGGAUUCACUGCUUUGGUUUCUGCAGUGGGGUUGCCUGACCAAGUUAUUGGGCUUGUACUGCUAAACUCAGCUGGACAGUUUGGAAAUCCGAAUGCAGAGGCCAAUAAGACCGAAGAGUCUGUUCUGCAAAAGUAUCUUUUGAAGCCAGUGAAGGAUGUUUUCCAGCGUAUAGUACUCGGUUUCUUGUUCUGGCAAGCAAAGCAACCAGCUCGUGUUGAAUCUGUCUUAAAGAGUGUUUAUAUGAAUAAAUCCAAUGUGGAUGACUAUCUUGUUGAAUCCAUCACUCGUCCAACUGCUGAUCCCAACGCUGGAGAAGUCUAUUACAGAUUAAUGACGGGAUUCAUGUUGAACCAAAGCACCUACACUUUAGACGGCGCUUUGAGCAACCUCAAAUGUCCCCUACUACUGCUGUGGGGAGACUUGGACCCAUGGGUGGGCCCUGCCAAGGCUAAUAGGAUCAAGGAGUUCUAUCCAAACACAACAGUUGUGAACUUGCAGGCUGGCCAUUGUCCACACGAUGAAGUCCCGGAGUUGGUUAAUCAAGCUCUAAUCGAAUGGUUGUCUUUUCUAAGACCAGAACCCUUCCAACAAGCACUGUAA